AUGAGCGACACUGCGACAAAGAGCCAGACCUACACGCAAGGCCACUCCGAAGCAGUGCUUCGGUCGCAUGCCUCGCGCACCGCUGAAGACUCUGCCGCGUUUCUCUUGCCGCACCUCAAACGCGAUGCUUACAUUCUCGAUGUAGGCUGUGGACCGGGCACGAUCACCACUUCGUUCCUCAAGCACAUCCCCAACGGUCGCAUUGUCGGGGUGGACACUUCGGCGGAUGUCAUCGGCUCGGCGGCGAAACGUCUUUCCAGUCUGCCCGAGUCGGACUUGGGCUCACGAUGCACCUUCGCCAUCGCAUCCGCAUACGAUCUGCCCUAUCCCGAGAGCACCUUCGAUGUGGUCUACUGCCACCAGAUGCUGCUGCAUCUGCCCGAACCGGUGCGGGCGCUGCGCGAGAUGCGUCGCGUGUGCAAACCCGACGGUCUCGUCGCUGCGCGAGAAGGCGAUUUUUCCGCAUCCAUCGUCUACCCUUCCCUGCCCACCACGCAGUUAUGGCUCGAUACGGCAGGCGCAGUGUUCCGCUCGAUCGGCGCGGAACCCGAUGGAGGACGAAGACUCGUCCGUUGGGCCCUGGAAGCCGGCUAUGCAUCCGAACAGGUGAGCUUCUCAUCGAGCAACUUGGGAAGUGGCGGUCCAGCGGCGGCCCAGUUUUGGGGACACAUGUGGGCCGAACGCGUCGCGGCGGACGAAUGGAAGGAGAAGGCGGUGAAGACUGGGCUGGUGACGCACAACCAGGUCGAACAGAUCAGAGAGGAUUGGUUGAAGUGGAGCGAGAGGGAGGAUGCGGUGUUUCUUACACCCUGUGGUGAGGUGCUGUUGCGCAAGUAA